ACACCUCUCUCUCUCAGACACACUCGUCACUCGCCCUCACACACUCGUCUGUCCCUCUCUCUCUCCCUCACACACUCCUCUCUCGCCUCACUUUGUCUCAGACUCCCGUCCUGGCAGCAGCUCCUUCUCGUCUCUCUGCAGGAUGAAGGACUGAAUCUCCGCUCCGUCAGUUUGUUGAAGUGCCGGCCGCCGUCAUGCCCAUCCUGAAGAAGCUCCCGGGACGAUCGAAGAGCUGCCAGGAGUUUCCCCGAGUCAACGGGGAUCUGAUCCUGCCCCGGCUGGACCUGGACCUGCAGGACCUGAACCGCCUCAACAAGAACCUGAACCCGUUUGAGGAUGUGGACCUGGGGGAGGACGAGCCCCGGGACCUGGGCCUCAUCAUGGGGGAGGAACUCGGGGUCCGGGGGGGGAACUUCCACCUGAAAAGCUCCCGCGACGGCGAGGAGGAGGAGAACGAGCUGAACGCCGAGCGGCACGGCGCCGGGAACGCCCGGGGGAAGCCGCUCCGCGGGACGCUGGAGCGGAUCUGCGGCGUGUCGCCGCUCAAGACGCUGGGGAAGCUGGGGAAGGGGCUGCGCAUCUCCGGACGCCAUGUUUGGGGGGGCGGCUCGCCCCAGCAGCACCCUGGGGACUCCAACACCCUGGAGAAGGAGAAGAGGAAGGGACUCCGCAGGAGUUCUGAGGGAAUCAUGACCCUGCUCCGCUUCACCGGCCGGCGUAAGGAGCAGCGCCGCGAGAGCCUGCCCUGCGGCGACCUGAGCACCGACAGCGAGGCGGAAAGUUCCCGCCGCUCCUCCUUCCUCCGGAUCGUCAGCCUGGGGAAGCUGAAGAGAGAAUCCAUGUCGGACAAAACGUCCCAGGAGGAGGACGAGGAGGAGGAAGAGGAGCCGCCGGUGAAGACCAGGGAGCCGCUCUCAGUCCUGGAGAUCCUCCAGCUGGUGAACCACCGGGACCUUCUCCUGGCCGACACCCACAUCCAGGAGCUGGAGAGAGAGAGUGAACUCUUGUCCACCAGCCUCCCCUGCACUUCCUGUCCCAGCACGCCCCCUGGGUCGUUCCCGGUGCCGUCCUCGACCCCGGACGAGUCCCUGAGCUGCAGCGCCACGCUGGACUCCAGCCGGCGGAAGGCCAAGGACGUGGAGCUGCUGUACGAGGCGCUGCAGAAGGAGAUGUGGGACGUGGUGCGGGAGUCGCUCCGGCAGCCCAGCGCCGGCCCAAACCUGGGCCUGGUGGUGCUGGUGAUCCAGCAGGAGGAGACGGCCGACGCCUCCUGGGCCCUGAGGGAGAUGACCCGGCCCGGACCGGAGCCCGAGACCCCCCAGGUCCAGGUCCAGGUCCAGACCGGCCAGCGGCCCCGCAGGCUGAAGGUGAAGUGGCGGCGGGCGGUGGAGGAGGCGGCCGACUGGUCGCUGCCCCACCAGGUGGACACCCAGGCCGGCCAGCUGGCCUCGUACCUGGAGCGGCUCCGGGCCCGCAUGGUGGACGACCUGGACGCCGCCAGGAGGAACGCCGUCUCCAUCUACCCGGAGGAGUUCGCCGCCUUCCAGGUGUAUGUGGAGAGCUACCACCGCGCCGUGGCCAAGCGCCUACGGACCAUCACGUCCGGACCACUGCAGGUCACCGACGUCUAUGCGCUGCUGGACUGGUUCUACAACAUCUACAACAGGGACGUCCUGGGCUGCAUCGGCGCCACCACCUCCAUCAGCUACACCGGCCUGGACGCGAUUCUGCCCCAGGAGACGGUGGAGCGGCUGGAGCAGGACUGCAUCAGCAUCGUCAGGGACAAGGUGACGACAGAACUGGUCCAGGUUCUGGACGAGGAGGAGAGGAGAUGGGCCCAAACGCUGCACGUAGAGGAGUACCAAACCCCUCUGGCUCGCUCCGUCAUCCAGAGGCUGAAAGUGGACUUGGACCGAUCCACGUCUGUGAACCAGUUCCUGGGAGCCAGAGUAGCUCGCUGUUCUCUGAUCGGACUGGCCGACUUCCUGUACAGGUUCCAGAGGAAAGUGGAAAUCUUCCACGACACCCAGGCCGAGUUCGGAGACCGAGGGGACGGAUACGUGUCCAGGACCAUCGCCCUGGCCAACUGUUGUCCCCCACUCAGGUCGUUGGUGGAGCGGUGCCGGCAGUGUGACCCUCAGGGCAGCGAGGAGUCGGCGCAGAGAGCCGACUCGUACCUGGACCGGGUCAUCAACCAGUCGGUCCGGGUGUUGACGGACCGACUGUUCGACCACAUCAGGCCGUUCUUUGACAAGCUGAUGAAGAGGAAAUGGCUGAACAACACGGAGGCCUUUGAGGCGAUUGAGGCCAGCAUUAAACAACACUUCAAGAAGUUUAAACGGAUGGAUCCUCCUCCGUAUCAGACGCUGGUGGGCGAGGUCCACCGUAGGGUCCUGGUGGAGUACGUUAGAGCCAUCAUGAGAGGACGGGUCAUCUGCACCUCGUCCAAGAUGAGGAAGAGGAUGGCCUUCCGUCUCCAAGAUGAGGCCAAGCAGCUGAAAGGACUUUUCAGAGAUCUGGAAUCCAGCUCGUCCUGGCUGGACAGCAUCCUCUGCCACGUGGCCGACAUCGUCCUCCUGGAGGACACGCCGUCCAUCCAGAUGGAGGUGGCCGUCCUGGUGAAGCACUUCCCAGAUAUUAGGAAGAAGCACGUCUCCACGUUGCUGAACGUGCGGGGGAUGACGCGGCAGGCCGAGCGGCAGGAGAUCCUCAACGUGGUGAAGGACUUGGAGGUUAGCGGCGGCGGCGGCGGCGGCGCGACGCGGGACCGAGCCUUCUUCUCCGACAUCCCCAUCACCUCCGAGGUUCACUGCAUCAGCCUGGGCCUGCUGCGCUUCGCCAUGACCAUCGCUAACUGGUUCUCAGAGCACCGGCCGCGGAGGAACCACCGGACCGGCACCGGCGCCGGGACCGGGGACGCCUUCCCUCCGUCCGCCGACAGCUCGGAGGACUCGAGCAAAACUCCCGGAGACGAGUAAAAGCUCCCCGAGACGAGUAAAAGCUCCCAGAGAGGAGUAGAUGUUUCAAUCUGCCGACAGCUCGGAAGAUAAAGCUCCCAGGGAGGAGUAGAUGCUAGCAGAUGCUAGCAGAUGCUAGUAGAAGCUAGCAGAGCAGCAGAUACUGAUGAGAUGUACUUGCACCUUGAAAUCCCAAAUGUGGUUUCCAGCCACUAAGAGACACGUGACCUCAGGUACUGUUUGUACAUUUCACCAUCACCGCGGAUAUGAGAGACAAUUUACACUUACGGAGAAUUAUCAAGUGUUUUUAAAAUGUUACUUCUUCAUCUUAUCUUUGUACCACAACGUUACAGAAGCAUCGGCUAGAGCAGGGCUGUCCAACCCGCGGCUCGCGAGACUUUAUUUGAUGGUGCAGUGAAAGAAAGACACAAAGAAAGUGGAGGAAAAAUAUAUCGCGACUGGAAUCGAACCCGCGUCGCUGUACAGGGGAAGGUUUACCCGCUGAGCUAUACGGGCGCUAGCGCUCGUGUUUGUGACGGAAAUAACUUGGAGGGAAAAAAAUCCACUCUCAAAAUGGCAGGGAAAAAAUGUACGGCCAAAAGAAAAUAUGAAGAUAAACACAAGAGGUUUUUAUAAUAUAAAUUAAAUAUUCAUAUUUAAGCAAUACAUCACGACAGGCCGUGGUUUACGCUCAUU